GAUUCAAACACGCAUUGCCAACGCACCACCACCACAAUGAUCUGCCGAACCUGCCUCCGCGCAGCCUCCCGCGCCCGAAUACCACCAUCAACAUCCAUCUCCCUACCCUCCCGCGCCUUCACCACGGCCCCAACCCUCCGCGCCGCGACCCCCGUCACCGCAACACCCACCCCCACAGCCAAACAACCACCGCCGCCCGCGACCUCCACCUCCGCCGCGCAGCCCUUCAGCGAAGCCAUCACGCCCGCGCCGAAACAAGAUGCCGCGCCCCCAGCCGCAGAGAAGAAGGCGCCGCUCGUGCGCAGCUCCGUGCCGGCUGGCACGCCGCUCAAGGGCCUCAACUUCCUGAAGGACAGGCAGGAUCCCGUGGCGCUGCCGGACGAGGAGUACCCCGAGUGGCUGUGGAGCAUACUGGAGCGGCAGGAGCAGAAGGGGGAGGCCGGCGGGCAGGGAGAUCUGUUUUCCAAAUCGAAGAAACAACGUCGUCUGGCCGCCAAGCGCCUGCGCAAGGAACAGCUCGCGAACCCGGGCAUGCUCGUCCCCAAGGUGCCGAUAUACGAGCAGACGAUCGAUCUCCCUGCUGGCGAUGGGACUGUGGACGGGGCUGUCAAGGCGGGCGAGGCGAGAGGCGAGUUGACGAAGGCGAUGCGGGAUAAGCGGCGGGCGGCUAUUAAGGAGCGGAAUUUCUUGAAGGCCAUGGGCUAGAGUAUGCUACCACCAAAGAGUCGGGACAUGUAGGAUUACAGAAUGGGGGCGUGCAGUUUGCACAUUGCAUACGUAGAAAGGCUGGAAGGAUGAGGGAAGAACUGUACGAUCUGUAUAUAUUGUACCAGUAAAACGCGGCCAUGGAGUUGGACUACAAAUUAUCGAGAUUACUAACGUGUACGGAUAACGCGCGCAGUGCGAACGCUCAAAUCAAACAGUCUGCGAACCCUCACAU